AUGGACGUAACCAUGGAAGCGCCGGAUGAGUUGUUCGAAUACGAAGCGGAGUUGGUGGACGAACGCCUCGAGGAGGAAGAGAAUGAGAUGGACGAACAAUUCUUGAAAAAUCAAGAGCAGCAGAUUUUACGCGACGGUGAUGGCGAAAAGCGUAAUAUCGUGGAUCCUGAAGAAAUCUUGGAGCAAGUGGAGGAUAUCUACGCUGGGUUUGAUGAAAAGAAAGGAUGGUUAUUUGCCAACUACACUUCGCGCGUUUCCACGGAGAAGGCGGUAGAUGCGCUUUUGCAAGAAGGACAACGCGCGUUGGAUUUCGCAGAACAGAACGAUGCACUAUUUCACGUUCAGAAUAGUCCACAUUUUGCAAGGAGUACUAAUUUACCGAACGAACAAAGCAUUCCUUUAGAAUUCGCGCGCUUGUGGAUUGCUUCGGAAGCGUUAUUCGUGCUAGCUGCGGCGUUGGAAACAGGCACGCUUCCUUUAUCCGCCUUGUCGCAAUCGCAAAGAGAUAUGUUUGCCAAGACGAAUGAUGAACAUAUUCCAUGGACUUUAAAAGCUUUGCGAGCUGCACAUUUCGCAGGAAACGACGGAGCUUCGGUAGCUCUCGCAGACAGAGCGCUCAUCGGUCGAGGUGGUGUCGCCGAAAAUUGUCAAAUGGCAGUGCGACUACUGCAUCCGCUUGCCGCAAAGCGCGAACUGGAGAUUCAGAAAGCAGGUGCGGGUUCUGUUUCUGGUAUGCCAGUACAGGCUACGUGGUUGAGAGACCGCGAGCGGGACGCUUCCUGGCACUCCAACGCCAUGGAAGAAAGUUUAGCGGAAGAGCAUCAAAAAAAUUUUGUGGGAGGUGCGGAUGAUUCGAACGAAUUUACGCCUCAUGGAAAUAGCGGUACGCCGGAAAGCACGAGAGCCGAAGGAUACCGAAGAUUGAUGGGCACAGAUGGUAGAGAUAGAGACGAGAUUGGAGCUUUACAACGUUUUGAGAAUGCGGCGCGACGCGGAGAUCGUUUAGCCGCCUUCAACGCAGGCUUCAUGCACAUGAGGGGUACUUCAGAGAAUGUUCCCGUGAAUGUUACUGCCGCUGAAAUAUAUUUCAAGCAGGCUGGAGAUGUGAACGGAGGUGGUGCCUUUAACGGUAUCGGAGUCAUUUAUUACAACAAGAAAGAUUUCGUCACCGCAAGACAUUGGUUUGAGAAAGGAAUGGCAGCGAACAAUCCCGAUUGCUUUUACAACAUGGGCACGUUGCACCUGCACGGACUCGGCAACUUGGAAAGAAAUGCCACUCAAGGAUUUCUGAUGUACGAAAAAGCGUCCAAAAGCGGUCACUGGAAAGCGCCGUUUGAUUUGGCCAGAAUGCAUAUGAACGGACAGGGAACGCCACAAAAUUGUACGAGAGCUACCCGUUUAUUUCGAAUUUUCUACGACGAGCGAACGGGAUGGGCGGAUGAACUAGAGAACGCAAUGGCUAUGUUAGAUGGAGUCGACGAGAAUAGAAAAAAACUGAAAGGUGUGCCCCGAGAUCCUUUUGGAGCGUUGAUUCUGUACUCGCUUUACGCAGAACAGGGAAGUGAAGUUGCAACACAAAAUAUCGCUUGGAUGCUCAGGAAAAAUCUCACCGGUAUCGAAAUACCAAAUAGAUUUGAACUCGCUGGUUCGUUACUGCGACGCGUCACGCGUUCACCAGGUUUAGCUCCUGAAGCCAACAUCGAUUUAGGAAACAUGCUUUGGAAUAAGCAAAUCGAAGCUACGCCACAAGAUUUUGCGUUGUGUGACGACGAAGAAAGAUUUAUGGUUUCUCAAGGUCGCGACGCGAUCGAAGGUGAAUCUGACAACGCCGAACCUACUGGGAAUAGUGAUGCGAGUGCGAUGCAUUAUAACGCUGCGGUUCACAGAUACAGAAGAGCAACAGAAGGGGAUUUACAACUUCCGGAAGCGUAUCAUGCUUUGGCUUGGGCACAUUUCACGGGUAAAGGAGAAGGUAAAAACAGUACCGCAGUUCUCUUGCAUCUCGACAAAGCGAUGGAAUUAUCCAGAUACGACGCGGAAAUGUUCCCGAGUAUCUUAUUCUACGCGUACGUCCGCAUCGCUUCCUCUUUCGACGGGUUCAUUUCGUUGAAAAGGUUAUUCGGUAGAUUCCUUUCCUGCAUCCUUGAUAUCGACAGAGAUAGCAUUGAGAGGUAUUACAAAGAGAACUCUACUUUGGUGCACGGGUUCGUGACGAUUUUGGCACUCGUCAUACCACGUUUCCUCUUUUUUAGAUACGCUGCUGCUGCCGCCGCCGCCCAGAAUAGAUAA